GAACGGGGGGGUCUGAGCCAUGCUGUCCGCCGCCGUUCAGAUCCUCGCAUUUGCCCUGGCGCUCCUGGGCGCCCUCGGCACCACCAUGGCCACCCUGCUACCCAACUGGAAGGUGAGUAUCAACGGCUGGUCCAGCAUCAUGACCCCCAUCUCGCGGAUGCAGGGUCUGUGGAUGGACUGCGUCUGGUACAGCUCUGGCAUCUUCAGCUGCACCAUGAAGAACUCGAUGCUGUCGCUGCCAGCGUACCUGCAGACCACACGGGCCGCCAUGGUUCUGUCCUGCAUGGUGGCAUCAUUCGGACUCUGCCUCGCCUCCCUGGGACUCAAAUGUACCCGUUGG